AUGGAAGAUAUUGAGUACUUUGAGUUGAACGAAGCAUUCAGCGUAGUAGGUUUGGCCAAUUGCCAGAUCAUGAAGCUGAAGCCCGAGCAGGUGAAUGUAAACGGUGGUGCUGUUGCUAUGGGGCAUCCAUUGGGUGCCAGUGGUGCGCGUAUCAUUGUGACGUUGUUGCAUGUACUGGAGCAGAAAGGUGCUAAGUAUGGCGCGGCAGGUAUCUGCAAUGGUGGUGGUGGUGCCAGUGCGCUGGUGAUUGAGCGUUUGUAA